AGCCGGCGGAGGAGUGCGGGCUGCCGGCCGGCUGGAGGAGUUGACCGACGAGGGUUAAUAGCACUAGACGGAGAACACCAUUCCAGGGAUGGGCGCUGGGAGGGAGACGGGCAGCUGUCCGCCACUCUCACCAACUCAAAAGUUCCUCAAAACUAUGAACUCAGAAAUAUUUUUGACGAUGGCUAUGAAAACAGACUAAUUCUGACAACUUUUGUUUAAAGCCCUCGUGCAAAGUUUUCUUUGCUGCGGAUCCCGUCAAAAUAGUGCGAGCCCAGCGACAGUACAUGUUCGACGAGAAAGGCGAGCGGUACCUGGACUGCAUCAACAACGUGGCCCACGUGGGACACUGUCACCCAGAAGUGGUCAGAGCUGCCCUGAAACAGAUGGAACUGCUGAACACAAAUUCUCGGUUCCUGCACGACAACAUUGUGGAGUAUGCCAAGCGCCUCUCUGCGACACUGCCCGAGAAACUCUCUGUUUGCUAUUUCACAAAUUCAGGAUCUGAAGCCAAUGACUUAGCCUUACGCCUGGCUCGACAGUUCAGAGGCCACCAGGAUGUGAUCACUCUUGACCAUGCUUACCAUGGUCAUCUAUCAUCUUUAAUUGAUAUCAGUCCAUAUAAAUUUCGAAAGGGCAAAGAUGUUAAGAAAGAAUUUGUCCAUGUGGCAGCAGCUCCAGACAUUUACAGAGGAAAAUACAGAGAAGACCAUGCAGACCCAGCCGGUGCUUACGCAGGUGAGGUGAAGAAGAUUAUCGAAGAAGCUCAUAGCAGUGGAAGGAAGAUUGCUGCCUUUAUUGCUGAAUCCAUGCAGAGUUGUGGCGGACAGAUAAUUCCUCCAGCAGGCUACUUCCAGAAAGUGGCAGAAUAUGUACGAGGAGCAGGGGGUGUGUUCAUAGCUGAUGAAGUUCAGGUCGGCUUUGGCCGAGCUGGGAAACAUUUCUGGAGCUUCCAAAUGCAUGGUGAAGACUUUGUUCCGGACAUUGUCACAAUGGGGAAACCAAUGGGCAAUGGCCACCCAGUGGCAUGUGUGGUAACAACCAAAGAAAUUGCAGAAGCCUUCAGCAGCUCUGGGAUGGAGUAUUUCAAUACGUAUGGAGGAAAUCCAGUAUCUUCUGCUGUGGGAUUGGCUGUCCUGGAAGUAAUUGAGAAUGAAGACCUUCAGGGAAAUGCCACAAGGGUGGGGAUGUACCUCACUGAGUUACUGAAUAGACAAAAGGCUAAGCAUGCAUUGAUAGGAGAUGUCAGGGGCGUUGGCCUUUUUAUCGGCGUUGACUUAGUGAAGGACCAUCAGAAAAGGACCCCGGCCACAGCAGAGGCGCAACACGUCAUCUACAAAAUGAAGGAAAAUCGGGUGCUUCUCAGCGCCGACGGGCCUCACAGAAAUGUGCUUAAAAUAAAGCCACCCAUGUGCUUCACGGAAGAAGACGCCAAGUUUAUGGUGGACCAACUUGACGGGAUUCUGACAGGUUUAGAAGAAGCCAUCGGAACCCAAACUGAGAGUGUGGUCCCUGAGAACAUUCCAUGCAGAACAAAGAUGCCUAAGGAAGCACCCUCAGAAUUACUCAGUGACGGCAGCCCGGACCCCAAAGAAAAUCCUGGCCAAAAGAGAAACAGAUUGUGUGCAAAUAAACCUCCACUGCUCAGUAAGAGGCUCAAGACAUGAGAGAUGAGCGUUUUACAGCAAGAUAACUGUCCUGAGUUACAGAGAACAAAUGGAAGUGACUCUUCUGUUAGCAGCUCUGUUGUGCCCUCUAAAGGGAGAAUUUGCUUUCCAUUUAGAUUUGUAAAUAAAGAAGCUAAACGAGUAAUAAGAAUAAACCAGGUGAUAAUCAAACCAGGUCAAGAUUAUCAGUUCAGCCUCAAGCCUGUUAAUUCCUUACUUGAGAUUUCUGAGUGUACUUCAUUUAUUCUAGUAAAUUUAAGCUUCAAGUUGGAUAUUAAGUUGGCCGUUUUACUUCUCACGUUUUAAUGUUCGGAAUGAGAGCAAAGUACAACAGGUUCCUGAACUUUGGACACUUGGUGCCUUAAAAUAUGAAUUCUUUAAUGAUUUCAUUUAUAUAUAAGUAUAUUUAUGGACUAUAAUAAAAUAAAAGGUGAUAUAAACCAAAAAAUUUUCAUUAGCAAAGUGUUUGCCCUUCUUGCAGAGAAUGUUAGGGGUUGCAGUGGUAAAACCAAAGCCAUUUGGGAAAAAAUCCCGAACAGCAAAUGCUAAAAAACGAAUGAAUAAUCAGAUCUCUGGUGGGGAACUAGGAUGUGGACAAUCACAGUCCCGUGGGGACUUGGGGAGGAACAAGGCAUAUGCCCAGAUGUAGCUGGAACAGCAGCAGAGGCCAGAGCACUGUGUUUCCAGUCAGGAGACCUUGGUUCUGUCUACUGGGGCUGUGUCACCUGGGCAGGUCACUUACCUGUUAGGUGAGAAAUUAACUUUCAGCCAAUCAUCUUCCUCUUCUCAUCAUCAAGUUUGUCAUCACCUUCGCACACCCUCUCACACAAGAACGGGUGUGUUCGCGAGUGCAUGCACACACACACACAUUUCUAACCAGACUUUGGCAGAGGGAAGUAAGGAGACCUAGAACCUCGGGAGUUGCUCGUUACCCAUGGGCACCGAGAGAUGUCCACGUGGAGGCCAAGGUGCUGACUGGAGGAAGUUUGAAUUUUAGUGUUGACUUCCCAUUGUCUCUCUAUUGCCUUCCUAACAGGUAUUAAACUUUGUGUGGCUUUUUGUUUCAUAAUGAAAAGGUAAUAAUUUUGCUAUGACUGUUUCAUGAUAACUGAGACAGAUGUUAAGAGGAAAAUUAAUUGUAAAAUUCUUCCUUUCUGGGUUCAUCACAAAUAAAAAU